CAGCGGGCCAUGAAUAUGGCCUUCGCUGAGUUCGUUAACAAAACCCGACUAACCCAGCCCCUGAUCAAUUUUUGCGUGAUUGUGUACAUGAACGAUAUUUUGGUCUUUUCAAAAAUACACGAGUACCACGUGGAACACAUUGAGUGGGUUUUGGAUUCACUAAAGGAUGCAGGGUUCAAAGUGGCCUUGGAGAAAAGCGAGUUCUUCUUGUCGGAGAUCUCAUUCUUGGGGUACAUCGUCACGGUCGAUGGACUAAAACCGGAUCCAAGGAAGGUGGCAUCAGUUCAAGAAGCCCCGGCGCCGGUCACACUCACCCAGGUUCGGGUUUUUCUAGGGCUAGCAUCCUAUUACCGACGCUUCAUCAAGGGGUUCGCCGGUAUAGCGAAGCCCCUCACGAACCUGCUGAAGAAAGAGGAACAACUGAUCUGGACACCGGAAUGCGAAGCGGCGUUUCAGGCGUUGAAGGAGGCUCUGACAUCUGCUCCUGUGUUGGCGCGUCCCGACCUGACAAGACCGUUCGCACUGUACACCGACUGGCAGCCUCAGGCGAUAUCGGCGGUGCUGACUCAGCACGGGGCGGACRRAAGGGAACACGUCAUUGAGUAUGCGUCCAAGACGCCGAGCCAGGCGCAGGCUAAUUACGAAGCGUGCAAAGGCGAAUGCCUGGCGGUGGUGUGGGGGAUCCAGCAUUUCCGACCGUAUCUUUACAGCCAGAAAUUCGUGCUGCCGGAGCAUGAGCCCCUCGAGCAUUUCCAGACGCCGCUUGCAGAUUGCUUGUUGCGGCAUCGGUUCAAUGAGGAAAGGCAGUUGCGGUACGACAUUCAGCAGGUGAACGUGCGAGCGUCCGGGGUUGCUGAUUUGGCAGCGUACUCGUUGCUUUCCGAUCGGCUGACGUAUGCGGGGGUGUACGUGGACGUGACGCAGUUGCCUGGCCGGGAGACGACUCACGUAUUCAUUGAGUUCCGCGCGCUCCAGGUGGCACCCAACUUCAUGCACAGCAUCGCCACCUUUAUCGAAGACUUGACGAUCCUACCACAGCCGAAUCGGGAGCCGGCGCGAAGCUUUGUGCGCGAAUACGCGGUGGAAGCGGCCAGAUCAGUGGCCAGAUUGCAAGGACGGGGGGGACACCGAUUCACAGCCCACGAAGUGCUGCUGCGCAGGGCAGAGGACGGACCAAUUGCCGGAGAAGGAAGGGACGGUGGGCUGUACCCACUCGCCCAGCUCCAGACGAUCGAUCCGGGAUUGUUGGAGCUCAUACAUCUUGAGCUCCUCUCCAUUGCGCAAGUGAUCGCGAGCGAGGAGAUCCAACCACGAUUGUGGACGGCGACGGCCCCGCGGAGAACGUACAACGCGGUCGUCAUCCCGGAUUGCAUUGCGCAGCGCGCGGAGAUGUUGGAGGACUUCUCGGAGGAAAAGCCGUUGCGGCCUCCCUCGUCGUAUCCUCGACCGGCGCCACCGAAGGCCCCCAAGAAGACGCCGAAGAGGAAGAGACGCCACCCGUCGCCAGGAGCACAAGGCAGCAGGAUCGACGGCGACGAGGAGGUGAUUCAGCCCGCGCGUAGGCGGAAUCCUGACCCCGUGCCUGGGAGUGCGGCGACGCUCGUUAAGGAGACUAUCGUGCCAUCGCCGCCCUUUCCACGUGUGCCCGAUCUCAAUCUUGAUGGAGUCGGGCCAUCAUCAUCACCAGCAGCCGGAGGAGGAAGCCGAAUGGGAUUUCCGGAUCCCAUAUCCAGACCCCCCGUCCUCGAAGGACCUCUCCAGGUGGACUUCAUGGUGGAACCCGCCACCAUCAGGCUCGAGGCCAUCGCGGGGGCGCCGCGCCCUGAUCCGACAUGGGAGCCAUAUCUGACACCCCCUUUUCAAGGGUGUAUUGCGGCGCGAUUAGCUGGGACGCUCAUCUACGAGACCGGGCAGCGUCCCCAUGCGAUGUACCACUUCCUUGUCUUCGCCGCGUGGAAGCGGGAGCGGCGGCCUUACACCGAGACUCAUGUGGUGAUGACGGGUCCAGAGCCCCGAUCGGUGCGCAAGCGGGUGGUGCGAGCGGUGGCGGAUCUGGCGCCACGUGUCCUGUCUCAUGUGUCGGGGGCUUUCCUCUAUCCCUCGUUCGUGCAGCACCACUUCCAAGAGGAAGAUGCGCCGAUGACUCCCGCGGCGAUGGCCGCUUUUCUUCCGCCUAUUCCACCCCCUCUCAAUCCCGACAUAGAUCACUUCCUCUGAUCACCCCUGUCUACCUCUCCCCUGUUCUGUCCUUCUCCUUCUCUUUAUUGUCUUCUUCUCCUAUCUCUUAAGUUC